GUGUCGCGUCAGCUAUAUAUUACCUGCAAAGCCAAAACCCUAGCUUCCGAUCUAUCCUUCUUCCCUCCCCGCGGCGCACUCAAACGCAGGCUAGUGAAUCGGAAUGGGAAGGGUAAUUCGCGCACAGCGUAAGGGUGCGGGGUCCGUUUUCAAGUCCCACACCCACCACCGCAAGGGUCCGGCGAGGUUCCGCAGCCUCGACUUUGGCGAACGCAACGGCUACCUGAAGGGAGUGGUCACCGAUAUCAUCCACGACCCCGGUCGAGGUGCCCCUCUUGCGAAGGUCACUUUCCGCCAUCCCUUCCGCUACAAGAAGCAGACAGAACUAUUCGUUGCGGCCGAAGGUCUAUAUACUGGCCAGUUCCUCUACUGCGGCAAGAAGGCAACCCUCGUAGUUGGCAACGUCUUGCCCCUCCGAUCCAUCCCCGAGGGUGCCGUCAUCUGCAAUGUUGAACACCAUGUAGGUGAUCGCGGUGUCUUCGCCAGAGCAUCCGGUGACUACGCCAUUGUUAUCAGCCACAACCCCGAUAAUGACACCUCAAGGAUCAAGCUUCCUUCUGGAGCGAAGAAGAUUGUGCCGAGUGCAUGUAGGGCAAUGAUUGGGCAAGUUGCGGGUGGAGGGAGAACUGAGAAGCCUCUUCUUAAGGCUGGUAAUGCUUACCACAAGUUUAGAGUGAAGAGGAACUGCUGGCCUAAGGUGCGUGGUGUGGCUAUGAACCCAGUUGAGCAUCCUCACGGAGGAGGUAACCACCAGCACAUUGGGCAUGCUAGUACUGUCAGACGUGAUGCUCCUCCUGGCCAGAAGGUCGGUCUCAUUGCUGCCAGGAGAACUGGUCGUCUCAGGGGGCAAGCUGCUGCCACUGCUUCUAAAGCUGACAAGACUACUUAAGGAGAUUGUUAGAGAUAUGCUUAAUUACAAAUUUUCAAAUUUUGUUUCAUCGAUAGUUUGUGUUCAUCUGUUUGGGUACUUUUUUGAGCACCAUAUCCACCAUAAAUAUGAAGCUUGUAAUAUGCGGUGUUUUAUAUCUGAUUAAGAUCUGUUCAAUCC